CACGCCCACUCCCAUCUCGUCACAUGAUCAUAAGUUAUCAUGUGUCACAUGACUUUUUCGAGAUCACGAAAAUCGGCAACAGGCGAGAAGUAUGGCUUAUAAUAACGUGUUUCUAGUAGCUAUUUUGUCGAUAUUGGCUGGAUUGUCAUCAGCAAAGUGUGGAUAUCAGUCCUGCAAUCCAACCAAGCCAGACAGAGUGAAUGUUCAUCUAGUCCCACAUACUCAUGAUGAUGUUGGUUGGCUCAAGACUGUAGAUGAAUACCUAUAUGGAGCCAAUAACAGCAUCCAGCAUGCCGGAGUGCAGUACAUCCUGGAUUCUGUCAUCUCCGAGCUUGCAAAGGAUCCUGGGAGGCGAUUCAUCUACGUUGAGACAGCAUUCUUUGAGAGAUGGUGGCAUCAGCAGGACGAGAAAACACAGUAUCAAGUUCGACAGUUUGUCAACGAUGGUCGGCUUGAGUUCAUCAACGGAGGAUGGAGUAUGAAUGAUGAAGCUUGCACCCAUUACAACGCCAUCAUUGAUCAGAUGUCCGAAGGCCUGAGAUUCCUUUUAAAUACCUUUGGAAAGUGUGGCAUCCCUAGGGUGGCUUGGCACAUUGAUCCCUUUGGACAUUCAAAGGAACAGGCCUCUCUCUUCGCUCAGAUGGGGUUCGAUGGUUUCUUCUUUGGAAGGCUAAGUUACAAUGAUAAGCUACACCGUCUGAAUACAAAAACCAUGGAACAGGUCUGGCAUGCUAAUGACAACCUUGGUAGUCCAGCUGAUCUUUUCUUUGGUGCCCUCUAUAAUGGAUACGGUCCGCCGCCGGGAUUCUGCUAUGAUAGGGGAUGCAGUGACCCGCCGAUGCAGGAUGACCCAAGACUAUUUGACUACAAUGUUGAUGAACGUGUAGCAGCAUUCACAAAGUAUGCAAAGGACCAGGCAGCGUUCUUCCAGACGAAUAACAUCAUCAUGACGAUGGGGUCAGAUUUUCAAUAUGAGAAUGCAAAUGCUUGGUACAAGAACCUUGAUAAACUCAUCAAAUAUGUCAAUGCAAAGGAGGAUGAGACAGGCAUCCAUCUACUUUACUCCACCCCAUCUUGCUACGUCUACAACCUGAACAACGCUAACAAGAUAUGGACGACCAAGAAAGAAGAUUUCAUGCCCUACGGUGACGCCCCUCAUAACUUCUGGAGCGGAUAUUUUGUGAGUCGUCCAUCCAUCAAGGGCUACGUCAGGGAAUCUAACAACAUCCUCCAGGUUUGUAAGCAGUUGGAAUCUCUCAAGAAUACACAAUCAUCAUCAGAAAGUCUAAGAGAAGCCAUGGCUGUAGCUCAGCACCAUGAUGCUGUCACUGGCACAGAGAAGCAGCAUGUAGCUGAUGAUUAUGCUAAAAGACUCUCCAUAGGUAGAGUGCAAUGUCAGGCAUUGAUCAGUGAAGCAAUCUCGAGUGAUAUUUCUCAAAGGUCUGGUUUCAACAUGGCCGUCACCUCUGAUCAUUGUAACUACGUCAACAUCAGCAUCUGCCCAACCUCGGAAACACAAAAUUCUUUCACGGUGGUGGUAUACAAUCCUCUUGGUCGAUCAGUGAUGUCACCGAUCAGGCUACCUGUCAAUCAAGCUGCUUACACCGUUAUGGGUCCGAAUAAUAUGACGGUGACCAGUCAGAUUCAAGAUGUAACAGCCAGUACUAAGAGCGUGAGGAGAGAUAGAGGGAACGCUACCAAAGAACUCAUCUUCAUGGCUUCCGUUCCACCCUUAGGAUAUACCACAUACCACAUCACAGCAUCAUCAAUGAAUUUGAUCUCCCGUCUCAAGGCAAGUCGUCAAAGCCGACCAGCUUCUACUACAAAUUUAAUUAGUGAAGACGUGUCCAUCUCUAAUGAGUUCCUGAGUUUGGGCUUUGAUGGAAACACUGGUCUGUUAAAGUCAAUGAGCAACUUAGGAUCAAACAUCACCAUCCUUGUCAAUCAGUCUUUCUACUGGUAUAACUCCAGCACGGGGAACAAUGUGUCGAUACAAGGUUCAGGGGCUUACAUCUUCAGACCGAACAGAACGGACCCCUAUCCGCUGUAUGGUGGGUCAUCGGUGAUGGUGAAUGUAGUCAAGGGUGAUGUUGUACAAGAGGUUCAGCAGCAGUUCACGCCAUGGUUGAGUCAGGUUAUAAGACUAUACAAAGGUCAAAGUUCAGCAGAGUUUACAUGGACAGUUGGCCCUAUCCCAAUCAGCGACGGUUUAGGCAAGGAGAUCAUCACUCGAUUUGACACCAACAUAGAAUCUGAUCAGACGUUUUACACAGACUCUAAUGGGAGACAGAUGAUGAAGAGAGUUUUGUAUCAACGAGAAGACUAUCCAUACGUCAACAGUGAACCUGUAGCUGGCAACUACUAUCCUAUCAACAGUAGAAUCUAUAUCAAUGAUACCAUGUCUCAGUUCACAGUAUUGACAGACCGAUCCCAGGGGGGUAGCAGUCUUAGCAAUGGAUCUGUGGAAAUAAUGAUCCAUCGGAGAAUACUUAAGGAUGACAACCGUGGCGUUGGUGAACCUCUCAACGAGACCGGUCAGUAUGGUGACGGUCUCAUGGUCAGGGGAACCCAUACCGUUACCUUGACAACACCCAAGAAAGCCGCUUACAUCCAGCGAACACUCGGGGAGGAACUCUACAUGAAGCCGUAUUUCUAUGUUUCCACGGCAACAGGAGAUCAGUUACCCGUGUCUUCGUCUUUUAUCAGCCGAACUCUCCCAGCCAACGUCCAUCUACUCACCCUGGAACAGCUCAAACCAAACGUGAUCCUCCUCAGGCUAGAGCAUCAGUUUGAGGCCGGAGAGGACAAGGCUUUCUCUAAACCGGUUACCGUUUCUCUCAAGGAUCUAUUCAAUCCCUUUAGUAUAUCAGAUGUAGAGGAACUAUCGCUAGCAGCCAAUCAGCUCUUGAAGAGUGUCAAUCGUCUGCAGUGGAGCAUUGUGGGUAGUUCAACCACAACACCGCAAGCUUUCAAACCCAUUCCUGUGACUCCACCAGACUUCAAUGUGACACUCAAUCCUAUGGACAUCAGAACAUUCAAUGUGACAGUCAGCAGGAACUGAUGAUUCCAGACGUUACCAAGGUUACAAACCAUUUCAUCCAAUUCUGGUGAAUCUAAGUGAUUGUCCUAAAGCAAUUGAGGUGAUCUGAUAUUUGCUCUUCCUGUGCCAUUCAAUCCUGUCUUAUGUAAUUAUUAUAAAGUGUGUUAUUGAAUAGGCAACUAGAUUGAGUAAUUGGUGCCUGACAUAUGCUAUAUUAUCAUUAUACUUAUUCUUCUGUUGAAUAUGUUUGGUUAUGUUUAGGGGGUGUUAGGGGUUUUAGUUCUGGAUAUUGUGAAGUUAAAAGGAUUAGGUUUUGGCAAGGCUUUAGAUUGGUUUAAUAUCUUUUACUAUCAGAUAUUACAUUAGAGCUAUUGACACCAGAGCAUAUAUUAUGGAAUCAGCAAUGUAGGUAAACAAGAAAACCUAUAUCUGGGACUAAGAAUGGCUUUUUAUUUGUUAUGUUCAGUAAAGGGAAACCCAGUACUUGAUGUGGAUCUAGGUCCCAUUUCACACAGCUUGUCGGACUUGACAAGUUGUCUUCGGACAGUUACCUUAAGAAACCCAAGCUUCUUGGCCAAUCAAAACAAGGAUUUCACUGAUAGUGUCCGAGAUGAUAAUUCAGUCAAGGUUCUUGACUAACAUGUAAUGGUACCCGGAUAUGUACUGGAUCUGGGUUUCCUUCUUUAGGAUAAAUGUUUCAUUCUCUAUUCAACUAAUUCCAAUUUCUUGGUUAUAUCUUAAGAUCCUGAAUGCUAAAAAGAAAUAUCUCUUGGCAAACGUGCAAUGAAAUAAACUACUAUUUACAUGUAUCCAAAUUGGCAUUAAUAAAAUUCAAUGUUCCUUUUUUUAUUUCUUGUUACAUAAAUCAUUCAAUAGUGUCUUGCAAAGCUCAUAUAAAAAAUAAUAAGAAUCUCAUCAUUGUUUGCUAAUGUGAGAAGUGAAGUUUAUACAGGUUAAUAACAUUACACUUUCAGGGUGAAUCUUAUCGUUCUGUUGUAUUUUGUUAAGCUCCAUUUGCCUGAAAUAAAGUUUAUUUUCCUGGUUGUUUCAUACAUACAGGGAAAACUAAACCUAUAUAUGUAGUUGCAUGUAUACGGAUGGGGGGGGGAGGGGUCGAAGGUACAGUAAAACCUGUAUUAAAGCCUGUAAAAUUGAUGUAUGUUGCCGUGGUUGUCACAGUGCGCCAAAUUGACGCCUGUUGCCGUGGUUAUCCACGCUAUUUUAUUCAUG